AUGCUUCCUGCCGAGUCAGUGCUGUCCGAGCCAGUCGCAGCGCCGGACGAAAUACAGACGCCGCCCGACCCAACUCCAGCCGGGCUCGACACACGCACCACACCGCUGCUACUCGAGCCUUCCCCGCUACCCAACGCCAGUGACGCACCACUUCCCGACGCACUCGCGCCACCGGACAUCGUUUCGUCGCCUCCCGUCGCACCAGCACCACCAGCUACAGCAAGCGAGCCACCCACGUCGUCGGAGCUGCCACCGCCCAACACACGCACAGACCCACCAGCACCUGCAGCCUCGCCGCUAGACACAAUCACCGACCCACUCAACUGCGCAAGCAACGCGCCAGAACCGAUCGCAACAGAGCCAGACGAGCCCGCAUCGACCGACUCACUCCUUAACGUCACCGAGCCGCUCUCCGUCGUUACGCCACGCCACCCACCACAGACACCGCAGAGCCUUCUCCGAGCAAGGAAGCACCACCUGACACAUCGAUUGAUUCAGCACUAG